CGUGGAAAGUUCCUGCACAACUGUCUGCCAGGGUAUAAUAACGCUUCAAUUUUUUUUUUCAAUUUUGGGAGUCUUCCUAAACAAUUUAUCCCAAUUUUCGUAUUUAAUUAUCGCAAAACCGACUUCUUCUUCUUCACUUUCGCCGGUGAAGAAAAAAAAUCAAAAUAAAAAAAUCCAGGCUCGAUUUGACGAGAAGAAGGAAGCAGGAAUGGCGUCUCAGCAGCAUUUGGACAAGAUGCAGCUGCGUCAGAAUUAUCGCAACGUCUGGCACACCGAUCUUACGCACACCAUUCAGAACGAUCCUCCGUAUUGCUGCUUGGCGCUUUGGUGUGGACCUUGUGUAUCAUAUAUGCUUCGGAAAAGAGCUCUUUACAAUGACAUGACAAGGUAUGUGUGCUGUGCUGGAUAUAUGCCUUGCAGUGGUCGGUGUGGUGAAAGUCGUUGCCCUGAGUUUUGCCUUGCAACUGAGGUUUUCCUAUGCUUUGGAAACUCAGUAGCCUCAACACGGUUUAUGUUGCAAGACGAGUUCAACAUACAGACUACGCAGUGUGACAAUUGCAUCAUUGGUUUCAUGGUCUGCCUCCAACAAGUUGCGUGUAUCUUUUCAAUUGUUGCUAUGAUUGUUGGAAGUGACGAACUCUCUGAGGCUUCUCAGAUUCUGUCAUGCUUGUCCGACAUGGUGUAUUGCUCGGUUUGCGCUUGUAUGCAGACACAACACAAAAUCGAAAUGGACAAGCGAGACGGUAAGUUUGGCCCACAACCGGUAAUGUCGGUGCCAGCUGUCCAGCAAAUGUCACGCCUCGAUCAGCAGUACCCUCCCACCGCUGGAUAUCCUGCUCCUGCAUACGGGCAGCCUAAUUAUCCACCGCCUGGCGGUUAUCCUCCCGCCGGUUAUCCUCCUGCAGGAUAUCCUCCUGCCGGAUAUCCUCCAGCUGGCUAUCCCUCUGCUGGCUAUCAAAGGUGAUUGAUUGAUCUUUCCCCAGUGAGUGUUUGUGUGGUGAUAUUUUGGGUAUUUUCGGCUAUAUCUCUAUUCGUACGUACAUGAUUAUAAUUUGCAUAUUUGUGAACACACAUUGGUUGGUUCAUAUUGUUUGGGUGCUACUUUGUUCAUGUUA